UCCCGGGCAUAAGUUAAACGCAUCUCCUCUGACCAAAACCAGACACCCAAACCACAGGGGAAGCGCUGCUGCUAGGACGGGACGCGACGGAUCCUGAGCUGAAAGGUGCUGCUGUUUAUUCUGAGGAAUGGGGCAAAGCUGGUCGUGUUCACAGACGUUAACGAGCCUAGUUCAAAGCGAACACUGCAACGUUGCACCGUCUGCCGUUGAGGUCACUGUGGCACAAAGCAAGGCGACCUGCGCGGUCACAGCGGAGAUUCCGUGACAUUACAGCGGCUUUGUUCGGGCGCUAAUUGAUGCGAAGGCACACUGCUUUGUCGUCGAAUGUGAUCAUUUAUCGGGAGGCUUGCGCUAAUGGAUCGUGGACAAGUAGAAUGAACGCAGCUGAACAACAGCACCGCAACCCACCGGAGGAAAACUAGACUGUGUGCAUAACGAUAUACCUGAUUACCUAUUUAGAACAAGACGUCAAGUCCAGACAUCAACACAGUUAAAGAACUGUGAGGUGAAACCAUGGCUUUAGUCCUCUCUAUGAACCCCUUUUGUGAACCUGAGGCCGAAGCCCCGCCACCAAUCUACCAGCCAAUCUGGGAGUCUGAGCAUUGCAGCAAAAGAUGUGUCUCAACAUCCUCAUCACCAGGGGGCGACACCCAAAGGCUUAUAGAAGAGCCCCAUUACAGACGAGCCUCUGAUCAUAUGGUGGAUCGUGUGGCUGUAUCACGGAUCUCUUAUUUUAAGAGGAAAUUUGUUGAGGAUGAAGAACCUGUACUGAGAUUCAGGAGUUACUGUCACACUCAGGUGUCACCCGUGCUGGAAGAGCGUGCUCACAUUCUCCGUCUCUCUCUUGAGAAGCUGCGUUUCAUGGAUGACCCUGAGUCCUUCUUACGGCGCUCCGUGCUCAUCAACAACCUCCUCCGGCGUCUCAGAAACGAAAUCCUGCUUCAGAGAGACUGGUGCUUCACGUCGGGCCCCACGGCCACACCCUGCCCUCGCCAAACCUCAGCCACAAACACACCUCUCCCCCCUCCUGCACUGCAGCCCUGCAUGACGCCGCCAAGGCCAUACCGCAAACGUCUGCGUCUGCUGAGGAGGGAGGGGCCGGAGUGUGUCCCUGCAUGCUGCUGUUUAUACGCAGCUGGUCACUACCUCCAGCUUCCCCUGUCAAUGUAUGAACAGGAUGUAUACUCCAACUCCCACCCAUCUUCAUCAUCUUCAUCAACAUCAUCGGUUAGAUUUCCACAGCUGGUGGAUGAGGAGGAGGAGGACAGUGAUGAGGAAGAGGAGUUGGACUCUGUUUGUCCUAUGCUGGCUCGGCAUCAAACUGAAACCAGAGAGCAGAACAGAACAUGGGAGAGUCUAAGGGUGCAGAGUCACAGGGAUGAGAAGACCUUGGAGAAAGAGAGAGAGGGGGGCAAAGAGAGAAACAGAGAGAAGGUUAGAGGAGGGGAGGUUACAGUAGGUGUUUCACAGUGAUGGCUUUCAGAUGCUACUGGGACUGGACACCAGGGGGCCCUAGCGAGGGCUCACAUGUGGGGGAAACACUUGCUGUGGAAACAAGGUUAGAAACUGGUUUCCAACAGCCUUUUAGAUCUGUUAGAAACACUAGUAUAUAACAGGAAUCCCAGCUGAAAAGAUCAGCAUGGCUGGUCACCAGCAUAUUGUGUUUUGGAUGUUAGAAUGCUAGUUUCCCCACCAGGCUUCUUAACUAGCUUAACCAACUAAUUGGUAAACUAACUUCACCAGAAACAACAGCUUUUCCACCAUCAGGCCAAACUGUUCUGAGCAUGGUGAGUAACCGUUUCAGUAGCAUUUCUACUUGAGCAGGGCUCGGUAUAGUUUGAUUACAAACCGUACCCGGCCUGGAAAUCUCAGCAUGUUUAACAAACCAUACUCAGGUUAGAGAACCGUUCUGGGGUGCUUUUCCAUACAAUGACGUUACUCACUGCUUAACCACCAUAGUACCAUUCAUCUUUGGAAAAAUUAACUAGCUAGUCACGACUGUUUCUCAAAACCGUAGUUACUAUGCCGCACAUCCAUCGUUCGAACCACGUUGGUUCAACAAUAUAGAGUUGUCGUUAAUGACGUUACACAGGGGGUGGAGUAAUAAUUACUGCAAAUAUUAAAUUAUAAUAGCUUAUUUACGCAUACACCAGAAAGCCAUUUAAUGCGAGUAAGCUGCUGAAGACACAAAAGCGGCAUGCACUUUGUAAUGCCACAGAUACAUUGCUCUGCAAUAGCUUGGUUUCCCUCUACAUCAGACUUUGGGGUUCCCCUGACACACUUGAGCAAAUAUGCACAUGCUCACUCUUCAAAAACAUUUUAACACCACUUAUGCAUUAACAUAACAAAUAAAAGCCGUAUUCUCCGACAGAAACUGUGUGAUAAAGUGCUUUCUUUUAACAGACUUUAAUCCCUUAAACGGCUGCAUUUGUGUUUACAUGACGUUUCAGAACGCCACUUUCUGCAAAACCCCAGAAUAAAUCCUUUUUUUAAACGCAUGAAAACAUGGUCAAAAUCUUGACAGAAUGAAAGGUAAAUAUGGAAUUUAAGAUAAAGAAGCCUCAUUGAAGUGAAAUUAUGUCCACACAGCAAACUUACAGGGAACUAUGCUUCUUACAACAGGUAAAAAGCUGCAGUUCAAACCACACAAAUUUUUUAUGUUGUUUGUGAAUGUUCAUUGGAAAUAUGGUUUCGGGAAACUCCAACUGUUUAAACUGUGCUGGUAUGAUGAAACUUAAGACCAUAGUUGGCUAACGAUGCUUUUGGGAAGCGCACCCCUGGUGAAAGGCCUGUAGUGACGUGGCGAUUCACAAUUGGUCACUUGCUCAGUCAGUCCAUUGUAAUCCUGAUUUCACAGCACUACAGUGGAAAAAGAAACCAUAUCCAUGCCAACGAGCCCAGAACAGAAUGGAACGGCUCAGUUCUGCAACAAAACCCGUUUGGCCUGAUGGUGGAAAUGCAGUUAUUGUGUUGGCCAACCAACUUCACCAGCUAAGUUUUGCAGGUGAAAAGCAUGGCUGGGCUGGUCCAACAACUAGAUCAGCUCUAGAUGACCACUAACCAUCAUACCAACAAGCGUGCACCAGCUUGGAAUUUCAUGCUGGCCUAAGCUGGUCUUUUCAGAUAGGGUUGUGAGAAACUACCAAUAUUUUUUUUGUAUUAUUAUUAUUAUUAUUUCUACCUACUUUUGUACUUCUCAGAUUGCUCAAUACAACACAAAACGAGGGACAGCAAAUUCACAGAUAGUUCGUCUCUUGUGAAAAUUACCGUACUGUGCCUUAAAUGUUAACUUGUUUAAUCUGUUUGCUGUGUUUGUGGAUAUUUGUGACUGAACCAGUUAAAUCCACAAAGAUGUUUUUUGUAAAAAAAAAAAAAUAAAAAAAACAUAAAUAAAAUAAAAUAAAAGGAAGGGAGCAAAAGAAAGAGAUAAAUAUUUAGAAAUUUAGAAAAGCUUAAAAAAUGUUUGAAUAUCGUAGGCACAUGAGAAAUGCAUGACAUGGGUUGCUGACGAUCAUCUUGUUUACAUGCAGUGGAUUUUUACAAAGAAUGCAUGAGGCCCUGAAAGUGGCCAUAAUGUUUAAAAUAUUCCUAAUCCUUUUAGCACCCUGAACGUUUGAGUAUUUUGACAUUCAAGAGACAAAGCCUCCUAAUCGACUCCACACCAGCUGACAGUAUCACAGACAAAUACCUCAAAAUAAAGACAUUUAAGUCUAUUGUCUUGAGGUCCCCACUGAUUCAAGUCAUUAUUUGCAUGGUACAAAUGAGAGCAGAGCAUUCUCAUUUUGUGUUUUCACACAUUUUUCUUUUUUUCUUUUUUUUUUUCUAGGAUGUUUAUGCAGUUUCUUUACAGUUUUUUUGUAUUUCUUAAAAUAGAUAACGGCAGACCCUUAGACAUGAGUACAACGUAUACAAGCAACAGUGUUGAAAAGGAAUAAGGCUGGGACAGUUUGCUUGAAAUCUUAAACAUUGUUCAGUUCGGAUGUGUGUGUUACAUUUGUGAAAUAUGUUCAGAAUAAAGGAAUUAUCAUUCCCA